AUGAAAAAGGUUCCGAAAAGAAAAGAAGUAAACUCGAAAAGACAAUUUUCCACUGUUAUUACUUCUAUCGGUAUACCACUCAUUUUUGUUCCCUUGAGAUCAAUAACUACUACAAUUGGAUCGCCUUUGCUUCAGGAAGAUACCAAAGUGGUUAACGCUUGGAACCAUGAUACCAUAGCUGGUCAUUCAAUCUCCCUAUUCGAUUUUUUGCUUUCAAGUAAAAGAGUUGACUUAGUCAAAGCAGAUGCUUGUAACGACGAAAAGGAGUUAGAAAGGAGUAUUAUAAAUGCGAUAGAUCAUUUGCCCAAAAAUAUAAUCUCCAAGAAUAGAGAGGGCAGAAAAUACUCGAUCGCAAAAGCCUCUAGAGUUCUGGGUAUUUUAUUAGACGACGUAAAUCUUGAAGUGAAUACAACGAGCCUACGAAAUGUCUUAUAUGUAGCAGAGGCAUCUAUUUCGAGAGAGAUAAAACACACGAAGUUCGUUAAUUUACCAGAAUCAAUAAGUGGAAAAUUCUCGGAGUACUUAUUUAACCAUUACCGUGUCGUCUCUUGCGGAAACCAAAAAUUUGAAGAUUCAAAAAUUAGUAUUCUAAGGGUGUGUCUUCCAUUAAUUAUUGGCAAUAUAACUGUUCUUAAAUGUGUCUUAGUUUUAUCAUUUUAUGAUUUACUUAAUGGGGAUUCUCCUGAGCUAUUGGAAAAGGAGAAUGAGAUGCAUGCUUUGCAUGUUCAAGUUUUGGAGGAAUUAAAAGAUCGCCUCAAUUACUAUUCCUCUGUUUGCUGCGACCACUCUUUGUUGUGUGUUUUAUUGUUACUCACAAUAGAAUUGAUCAAUGGGGCUAAUGGACCAUUAUGGAGAAAAUUACAAAAACUAUCUUUGAGCAUGAUAGCAUUGAGAGGUGGUGUCAAAAGGAUAUCUUCAAAUAUCACUGGUCUUUGUUUAUUGAAGUUGCUAACUAUGAGCUUAUCAACCGGGAUAUCAAUUCAGAGUUUGGACAGCAAUAAUGGGGAUGCACUCAGUUUUAAAGAUUUCCUGUCUUCCAUGAGUACCAAUAACCAGUUUCAGUUCUUUGAUAACUUCAAUUAUAAAUCUUCUCUUACCUUGAAUGAAUUAAAAGAGGUGAUUGAAAUUUAUGGACAUAUAUCAUCUCUUCAAAGUUUAAUGUCAGUGUCUCUUGAUGCAAACAGAAAUAAACAUUUUUGGACUCCAGAGCAUUUUAUGAAGUAUAAAUCUGUGAGCUCAGCGAACUUGAUCAGAGUCCUUCAGAAUGCUGAAAAAUUAGAAAAACAUAUAAGUAUACGAUGCAAGGAAACCCAUUUGAAUAACACUUCUCGUUGCCACGAAAUACAAAUGACUUUCGCGUUGAAUGUCUCCAAAUUAUAUAUAUAUCAGAUGGUCUAUCACCAAGCUUCUGGGUCACCGAAGACUAUUUUGUUGGUUAAAGAACUACUAAUAAAAGCCGAAAGUGUGUUUGAUGUUUUCAAAUCAAUACAUGAACAUGAAGUAAACAGCAUGACUGUUAUGAUAUUGCCACUAUUUUGUCUAGGGGUUGAUUUGAUUUCGAAGGAUGUUAGAGAUUGGUAUAUUGAUAAAUUAAAUCAGCUACUAGUAAAAACGAAGCGAAAAAUGAUAAAAACAUCUAUUGAGUUACUUCAAAAGGUUUGGAAUUUAAAUAGAGAUGGUACUCUUUUUCUUGACUGGAUUUCACUUUCUGCUGCAAAUUGCUCUUAUAUUUCCUUAACUUGUUGA